AUGCCUCGCUCUCCCCCCCGUCCGAACUUGGGCGGAUUUGGCCUGAUACAGGCCAAUGUGAACCACUCUCCACAGGCGCAAGACUUGCUCCAACAAAACGUGGUGGAGAGUGGUUACACGUUGGCGAUCGUGACCGAGCCCCACCGCCCCCCGAGAGACAGCCCAUAUUGGCCUGUUGAUAACAGGCAGGCGGGGGACUCGGUCGCGAUACGAUGGCGGUCGGUGCCGGGAGGGCCCGGCACGACCCCCAUCGAGAGCGGGAAGCGGCAUGUAGCCGUGCAGUGGGGGCCCAUCGCGGUCGUGGGGGUCUAUCUGAGGCCCACCAAACGCUCUGCCCCUUUCAGGGACUGGCUAUUGGACGUAGGACGGACGGUCCUGCGUCUGAGUCCAAGGCCGGUCCUCGUUGCCGGGGACUUCAACGCGUGGCACACGAGUUGGGGUUCCCGGCGCGACAACGAGAGGGGUAGGGCUCUGAAUGAGUGGGCGGCGACGCACGGUCUGGUCCUAGUCAACGAGGGCCGGACCUCCACCUGCGUGCGGAAGCAGGGGGAGUCCAUCGUGGAUCUCACGUGGGCUACCCCCUCGGCCGCGCGCCUUAUCACAGGGUGGAGGGUGGAGGAGGGCACCGAGACUCUGUCUGACCGUUACAUAACGGUGGAGCUCGGUGCCCUCUCCCCCGUGCGCCGCCAGGAGACGCGACCGCGAUGGGCCCUCAG